AUGGCCGCUCGGGCGGCAUGGUUGUCGGCGUUGGUGGACCGGGGCGGCGGCGGGGGAGCUGAAGCACCGGGGUUCAUCACCUAUCCAGUCCCAUUCUGGUCGACGGUGACGGCGUCCGUGGACGUCGUGUUCCUCCUUGCAGGCUCCGUCGUGACUUGGGACCCCGAGUCAUUUUUAUCCUGGGUCCGCCCCUGCACCUGUCACGUGGCGAAUGUGAAGGACUCGGGGUUGGAGUGCCCUGUUAUGGGCACAUUUGGGUACGUCGACCCUGAGUACUGCCUAAGAGGCCGCGUGAAGCCGGCGAGCGACGUGUACAGCCUGGGUGUGCUGAUGCUCGAGGUUUUGACAGGGAAACGGGCAUUUCUCCAAGGGGGGUUGAAGAUAAAGGAAGAUCUAGCAUGUUUUGCAUCUCCCAUCAUCGAGGCUGGUAAUAUUAUGGAGUUGCUGGACAAGCGGCCUGUACCGGAGCCAACACCAUUGCAGUUGCAGGCGCUGAAGCGUGUGGCGCAAAUUGCACGAUGCUGUGUCAAAUGGGUUGGGAGGGCUCGGCCGGCCAUAUCGGACAUCGUUGCCAACCUCGAGAUGGUGCAGAAGUUGAUCUGCAGAGACGAGCCAUGUUUAGUUGACGAGUCAGUCGUGUGGCCUUUUCUUGAAAAGGUCGACGAGUCGCCACAUGCCAAGGGUGUGCCAUCAGCAGGCUACCAGCCCAAUCUGGUACACCAGAAACUGAUUGAACUCUGUUCACAUUAACCAAUUGAAUCAUGGGAAUACACGGC